GCCUGAGACGCCGGCGAUGGCGAGCCCGCCGCUGCACGGGCCCCCCGGGCCGGCGGGUGGCGACGGCCCCAACCUCAACAACAACAACAACAACAACAACCACAGCGUGCGCAAGUGCGGCUACCUGCGCAAGCAGAAGCACGGCCACAAGCGCUUCUUCGUGCUGCGCGGGCCCGGCGACGAGGCGGCGGCGGCGGGCGGGGGGCCGGCGCCGCAGCCGCCGCGGCUCGAGUACUACGAGAGCGAGAAGAAGUGGCGGAGCAAGGCGGGCGCCCCGAAGCGGGUCAUCGCGCUCGACUGCUGCCUGAACAUCAACAAGCGCGCCGACGCCAAGCACAAGUACCUGAUCGCGCUCUACACCAAGGACGAGUACUUCGCUGUGGCGGCCGAGAACGAGCAGGAGCAGGAGGGCUGGUACCGCGCGCUCACCGACCUGGUCAGCGAGGGCCGCGCGGGCGCCGGCGACGCGCCCCCCGCCGCCGCCGCCACCGCCGCGUCCUGCAGCGCCUCCCUUCCCGGCGCCCUGGGCGGCUCGGCCGGCGCCGCCGCGGCCGAUGACAGCUACGGGCUGGUGGCGCCCGCCUCGGCCGCCUACCGCGAGGUGUGGCAGGUGAACCUGAAGCCCAAGGGCCUGGGCCAGAGCAGGAACCUGACGGGCGUGUACCGCCUGUGCCUGUCGGCGCGCACCAUCGGCUUUGUGAAACUUAACUGUGAGCAGCCGUCGGUGACGCUGCAGCUCAUGAACAUUCGCCGCUGCGGCCACUCGGACAGCUUCUUCUUCAUCGAGGUGGGCCGGUCGGCCGUCACGGGCCCAGGUGAGCUGUGGAUGCAGGCCGACGACUCGGUGGUGGCGCAGAACAUCCACGAGACCAUCCUGGAGGCCAUGAAGGCGCUCAAGGAGCUCUUCGAGUUCCGGCCGCGCAGCAAGAGCCAGUCGUCGGGCUCGUCCUCCACACACCCCAUCAGCGUCCCCGGCGCGCGCCGCCACCACCACCUGGUCAACCUGCCCCCCAGCCAGACGGGCCUGGUGCGCCGCUCGCGCACCGACAGCCUGGCCGCCACCCCGCCGGCAGCCAAGUGCAGCUCGUGCCGGGUGCGCACGGCCAGCGAGGGCGACGGCGGCGCGGCGGCGGCGGGGGCCGGGGCGGCGGGCGGCAGGCCCGUGUCGGUGGCCGGGAGUCCCCUGAGCCCCGGGCCGGUGCGAACGCCCCUGAGCCGCUCACACACCCUGAGCGGCGGCGGCGGCGGCGGCGGCUGCGGCGGCCGCGCGGGCAAGGUGGCGCUGGCGCCGGCAGGGGGCGCCCUGCAACACAGCCGCUCCAUGUCCAUGCCCGUGGCGCACUCGCCCCCAGCAGCCACCAGCCCUAGCAGCCUGUCGUCCAGCAGCGGGCACGGCUCCGGCUCCUACCCGCCGCCUCCGGGCCCGCACCCGCACCUGCAGCACCCCCUGCACCAGCCCGCGAGCCAGCGGCCCUCCAGCGGCAGCGCCUCGGCCUCGGGGUCCCCCAGCGACCCCGGUUUCAUGUCUCUGGACGAGUAUGGCUCCAGCCCUGGGGACCUGAGAGCCUUCUGCAGCCACCGGAGCAACACGCCUGAGUCCAUUGCCGAGACGCCCCCGGCCCGGGACGGCAGCGGGGGCGAGCUGUACGGGUACAUGACCAUGGACCGGCCCCUGAGCCACUGUGGCCGCCCCUACCGCAGAGUCUCCGGGGACGGGGCCCAGGACGUGGACAGAGGCCUGAGGAAGCGGACGUACUCCCUGACCACACCUGCCCGGCAGCGGCCUGUGCCCCAGCCCUCCUCUGCGUCCCUGGACGAAUACACCCUGAUGCGGGUCUCCUUCUCUGGCAGCUCCGGCCGCCUCUGCCCGUCCUGCCCCGCCUCGUCUCCCAAAGCAGCCUACCACCCCUACCCCGAGGACUAUGGGGACGUCGAGAUUGGCUCCCACAGGAGCUCCAGCAGUAACCUGGGUACGGACGACGGCUACAUGCCCAUGACCCCCGGCGCAGCCCUCACGGGGGGUGGCAGUGGCAGCUGUAGGAGUGACGACUACAUGCCUAUGAGCCCCACCAGCGUGUCCGCCCCAAAGCAGAUCCUGCAGCCUCGGGCUGCUGCUGCGGCCUUGCCCCCCACGGGAGCGCCGGUGUCCACGCCCGCGGCCGGCAGGGCCUUCCCGGCCAGUGGGGGCAGCUACAAGGCGAGCUCCCCGGCGGAGAGCUCCCCCGAGGACAGCGGGUACAUGCGUAUGUGGUGUGGCUCCAAGCUGUCCAUGGAGAACGCAGACAGCAAGCUGCUGCCCAACGGGGACUACCUCAACAUGUCCCCCAGCGACGCGGGCGCCUCGGGGACCCCUCCCGACUUCUUCUCGGCCGCCUUGCAUGGCAGCGGGGAGACGCUCAGGGGAGUGCCCGGCUAUUGCCACAGCUCCCUGCCCCGCUCCUACAAGGCUCCCUACACCUGCAACGGGGACAACAACGACCAGUAUGUGCUCAUGAGCUCUCCGGUGGGGCGCAUCCUGGAAGAGGAGAGGCUGGAGCCGCCGGCCAGCCCGGGGACCGCGCCGUCCAGCGGCUGCGGCGGUGGCGGCCACGCCCAGCCUCCUCACCCAGCAGUGCCUUCACCUGGCAGGCCAGGUGGCAGCGUUGGCAGCCGCCCAGAGGGCUUCCUGAACCAGCGCUGCCGGGCCGUGCGGCCCACGCGCCUGUCCCUGGAGGGGCUUCAGACCCUGCCCAGCAUGCACGAGUACCCGCUGCCGCCGGAGCCCAAGAGCCCCGGCGAGUACAUCAACAUUGACUUCGGCGACGCGGGAGCUCGCCUGUCGCCUCCCGCGCCCCCGCUGCUGGCCUCGGCUGCCUCGUCGUCCUCGCUGCUGUCCGCCAGCAGCCCGGCCUCCUCCCUGGGCUCGGGCACCCCGGGCACGAGCGGAGACAGCCGACAGCGCUCCCCGCUGUCCGACUACAUGAACCUCGACUUCAGCUCGCCCAAGUCACCCAAGCCGGGCCCCCAGGGCGGGGACCCCGUGGGCUCGCUGGACGCCCUCCUGUCCCCCGAGGCCUCCUCCCCCUACCCGCCGCUGCCCCCGCGCCCUGCGGCAUCUGCCUCCGCCCUGCAGCCGCAGCCGAUGCCGCCGCCCCCUCCAGGCGAGCUGUACCGCCUGCCCCCCGCCCCCACCUCCCAGGGCCCCAGCGCUGCCUCCUCGUCGUCCUCGGAGACUGGGGACAAUGGUGACUACACCGAGAUGGCCUUCGGCGUGGCUGCCACCCCGCCGCAACCCAUCGCCGCCCCCCCGAAGCCGGAAGGUGCCCGCGUGACCAGCCCCACGUCCGGCGUCAAGAGGCUGAGUCUCAGGGAUCAAGUGUCGGGAGUGGAGGCCUUCCUGCAGGCCAGCCAGCCCCCGGACCCACACCGGGGAGCCAAGGUCAUCCGCGCAGACCCGCAGGGGGGCCGCCGCCGCCACAGCUCCGAGACCUUCUCCUCGACCACCACUGUGACCCCCGUGUCCCCGUCCUUCGCCCACAACCCGAAGCGCCACAACUCGGCCUCCGUGGAAAACGUCUCUCUCAGGAAAAGCAGCGAAGGGGCCGGCGGCGGCGGCCUGGCUGGGGGCGACGAACGCCCCACGUCCCCCCGCCAGCUGCAGCCACCGCCCCCCCAGCAGGCGCGGCCGUGGCUACCGAGUCAGCCGGGGGGCUUGGUCGGGUGCCCCGGGGGCAGCGGCUCUCCGAUGCGCAGGGAGACCUCUGCCGGCUUCCAGAACGGCCUCAACUACAUCGCCAUCGACGUGAGGGACGAACCUGGGCUGUCGCCCGGCCCGCAGCAGCUUCCGCAUCCGCAGCCGGGAGACAAGAGCGCCUGGGGCCGGACCCGUAGUCUGGGGGGUCUCCUCAGCGCGGUGGGGGGCAGCAGCACCGGUGGGGUGUGCGGGGGGCCUGGCCCUGGCGCCCUGCCCUCCGCCAACACCUAUGCCAGCAUUGACUUCCUGUCGCAUCACCUGAAGGAGGCCACCAUUGUGAAAGAGUGAGGAUCUGUCUGGCUUUAUCACCGUGACGUCACGCAUCAGAGAAUGACUUUCAAAGAAGAUGCUCACUGUUUUGUUUUUGUUUUUGUUUUUUUAAAAUCUGAAGCUGCUUACAAAUUUUCUUUUGGAUCUGAGCAAUGACUACAUUUUGGAACAUCUACGACUGUAUUAGACUCUGAACCCCCCAGGCGAGGACACCUGCCUCUCCCCCUGGUUCCCACAGGGGGCAUUCGUCAUUCUGCUGCUCGUGCUGUGUUUCGUUUGUUUUUUUAACAAAAUUCGCCGAAGAAGGUAUUCUCAAGAAAAUCGGAUGUUUCCAUUGGCCCUUUAAAUUGUGGCCGGUGUCUUAAUUUCUUCUCACUUUCGUUUUGGCAAAGCAGAUUUAUCCCUCAGCAUGCUGGGAGAUGCUACCAACACCCAUGGAAGUGGGGCAAUCUGGUAUUUACUGGCAUGCACUCAAAACUACCACAGUCCUACCUCAGUUCCAGGUGAAGCCGGAUUUGUGUGGCCGGGGGCCGGCAGGACCUCCUGUACAUAGAUGUCUGCUGAGUGUCUCGAGUGCGGCCUUCAGCCUUAUUUAACUGGUCCCAGGAAACAGCGGCUCCGUGGAUCCAGUCCAGGUACCUGCGUGUUUACUCAGCCAGAGCCCAGCGUGGGACUGACACUUCUCAACGGAAAUGCAAUUUGGGAUUGGACUUUGAAGAUGGAUUCAUAAAUAAUAAUAAUAAUAAUUAUAUGUAACUGAAGCAACCUACUUUUGAAAAUCAUCAACUGUAUUGGGUAGCGGGGGGGUGGGGAGGGGUUUGGGGAGGGGGUGAAUAUAUCUUUUUACCUUUAACAGACUUGUUUAAUCUUCUCUGCGUAGACGUUUAUGUAGGUACAUCAGAUUGCAAAAGCCUUUGAUCCUAUUUAUAAGCUCAAAUGUCUCUGCUACCCUGACUCUUGAGCCUGCGUUUCCUUAACCAAAAAUUCACGUAGGCAUGCUAGCGAUUCACGGGUGGUCGCGGCCUUGGCAGAUUUUACAAAAAUGUGUUGUCUUUACUCCACGCUACCGUGUCGGCCAACGAGGCUGCCCUGAGCAACGAUACAAAAAAAAAAGAAAAAGAAAAAAAAAUUAAAAAACGAAAGGGAAGGAAAGAAAUUGAUAAAAGAGGUAUUCCGGCCCCUGUGUCGUUAAGGGAAGAAGAAAGAAAAGACGACAGAGAACGUCACGUUACAUGUGACUUGUCGAGAAAACUUCCUGACGAGACUACCCCCAUUUUAUAUUUUCAGUGUUCUGAAAAGAUCGGUGUUGCGGUAAUCAUUGCAGGGGUCAUCCGAAACUGCUAACCUUGACCGGCAGAAUGUCCCGUCGUCUUGCUGCCCCACGUGACAGAGGGCUAUAGACCUUCCUCCCGCGGGCACAUCCGUGUCCGUGCUCCCCGUCUGCUCGGAUGGUCCCGGAGAGGCUACACUAAUUCAUUGGAGAUGUGAGCUUUUUUUUUUUUUUUCUUUUUGGAGAAAAAUAUAUAUAAAUAUAUAGAUAUAUAUCACUAUAGAAUAAUGCAUUAAUAAAAUGAGGCUUUUUUAGAGGAAGACCAAAAAAUUCAAUGUCUUAAAAAUAUAUUUAAUGGCAAUGCAAAAGUCUUCCUGCUUCCGUGCUGAACUUUUAGAACAGAGGAUUGUAUUGCAAGACAAAGUUGAAUGUAAAGUGACCCCCCCGAACAUUUUUAAAGUUUUACUUUUCUAAAAUUACACAUCACAACAGUGUAUAGACCAUACGAUGUUAGUUUGAAGGUCGAUUUCAGUGUAUAAUACAGAUACUUUAUUAAAAUGUAUAAAAACGCCCCAAAGUUUGGAUUUCGUUUUGGGACUCGGGAUCGAUGGGUGGUAUUUGCUAUGUAACCCGCCCCCCCUCCACCCCCCCCCUCCCCCCGGGUACAGUGGGACUGACUCUGGACCCUGCUGGAUACAGUGUAUGAUGUGUAUUUAAGUAGUCCUCUAUACUUAGAGUAGUCACGCCUCUAUACAAAUGGUUCACGUUCAGACUGCCGCUUACAACAAGCAAAAUAAAAAGUUGAUAAUAUACUAAAUUUUCCUCCAUCCUGUACAUUUCAAAAAGAAAAAAAGGCAUAUGCAAUAUUUACACUUUUAAUUUAGUUUACAGAAUGGAACCAAAAUGUAUAAAUGUUAUGUUUGCUAAAACUUCGCAAUGUAUAUUGGGUCUUUGUACAUUUUGCCUGACUUACCUUAAAUUUAAAAUAUUUUUUGCUAUAUAAACUUUAACAGUUAUUAAACAGUGUUUUCUUUUUGGGUACGUAUUGUUUCUGGAUAUCAAGAUGUUAAAUAUAUUUCUUGCUAUUGUGAUAUGACAAAAGACUUAACCUUGGUCUGUCUUCCAUUGUACACGCUGUAUAUAAGGGUCGACGUGACGUUGCUGGAGACAGCAAUAAAUGGAAUUAGAAUAGUGCACUGUAUUUAGUCUGUCUUGAUCAUGGAUGCUCUCCUUAACAGCCAUAUGCAAUAAAAUAAAAUACGUUAUUUAUGAAACGGA